GCUGUGACUACCAGUUCCGUCACUACGAUGAAGGGGACAGAAUCGUCACCAACGAGCCCUGCCUCAACUGCACCUGUCACGACUCCAUGCUCAUGUGCUAUCUAAAGGUGUGUCCCUUCAGCAAGCCCAUUGGUCAAGACUGUACGGUGGAGAAGAGCCCUAAUCAGUGCUGUCCUGUAAUUACCUGUCCUCAAGUGCCAGUGAAUCUUCAAGUGAUGCAGAUGACCACCACCACCACCACACUCUCCCCCCCAGCCAUCACCAGCAGCGGCAUCGUCGUCGUCAACGGCUCCAGCAUCACCGGUCUAGCCACCGUCACUGAGCACGGCUGUACCAUCGAGGGAAGCUAUUACCCUGAUGGCGUUCAGGUACCAGGAGAUCCGAGCAAGCCAUGCGAACUGUGUUACUGCAUCAGGAAUCACACAGCUUGUGUGAUGCAGGAGUGCAUUCUUAUGGUGCCUGGGUGCAAGCCUAUCUUCCAGGAGGGAAUCUGCUGCCCCGUCAGAUACGACUGUGCUUACAACGAGACUGACGAGAGUAUUCCAACAACGACGGCAUCGGCCUUCUUAGUGGGCAAUGACUCUGCGAUUCUCCCAACCACCACCAUGCCCCCACCUCCUGCCGGCUGCUUCCACAAGGGCGAGUUCUUUGCUGACGGUGCCCUCAUUCCCUCCGAAGACCCGUGCGAGCACUGCUACUGCAUGCUGAGCGACCUCGUGUGUGCCAUCCAGGAGUGUGUCUCCCCGCUCGACGACAUGCAGGAGAACUGCAUUCCAAGAGCGGCGCCCGAGGGACGGUGCUGCCCUGAAGCCUAUGACUGCCCCGAGGUGACAACAGUAACACUGGAUUUGUCAGCACUGACGACCGAGCCAACCAACGCUACAGAGAGCAUCACUGAGGACCCAGAGCCAGAGACGGACAUCGACCAGCUGGUUACAACUGAUCUCCCACCUGUUGACGGAGAAAUUGUUGUCACAGACACGAUUGCCCAAACUGGAACCGAUGAGACAACCACUGAUAGUUUAUCUGAGGUUGAUGAAACGUAUACUGGUGGUCCAACUGGGGUUGAAACUACCACCGAUUCUCCAAAAGUAUCUGACAUAACAGACACGCCUAUCGACUCGGCUACAGACACUACGGAUAUCAUCAGUGGGUCACCUGCUACAGGUUCCGACAGUUCUACUGAAAGUUCCCUAACUACACUCCAAGAGGGUGAUUACAGUACUGAAGCUUCUCUUGCUACUGAUGACCUCAGCGGAGUUAGUGUACCAGGUGUUACCGAGCCCUCAACACUUACUGAUGAAACAGAAAGUCCUGAUUAUCCCACAAGUUAUGAGACCUCGGUAACUUCUGAAGCUCCAGUAACGCCUGAGGCUCCAGCAACCUCUGAGGCUCCUAUUGGUACCCCGAGUCAAGAAGAUAUUGAAUCUCUUGCAGGUACUGAUGUCUCAUCUAGUACUGAUUCAACUGGGGUUAAAACUACCACUGAUAGUUUACUUGAAGUUGAUGAGACGUCCACUGGUGGUCCAACUGAGGUUGAAACUACCACCGAUGGUUUACUUGAAGUUGAUGAGACGUCCACUGGUGGUCCAACUGAGGUUGAAACUACCACCGAUGGUUUACUUGAAGUAGAUGAGACGUCCACUGGGGUUGAAACUACCACUGAUAGUUUACUUGAAGUUGAUGAGUCGUCCACUGAAGAUCCAACUGGGGUUGAAUCUACCACCGUUUCUCCAAUAGUACCCGAAAUAUCGAUUACGCCUAUCGACUCGGCUACAGACACUACGGAUAUCAUCAGUGGGUCACCUGCUACAGGUUCCGACAGUUCUACUGAAAGUUCCCUAACUACACUCCAAGAGGGUGAUUACAGUACUGAAGCUUCUCUUGCUACUGAUGACCUCAGCGGAGUUAGUGUACCAGGUGUUACCGAGCCCUCAACACUUACUGAUGAAACAGAAAGUCCUGAUUAUCCUACAAGUUAUGAGACCUCGGUAACUUCUGAAGCUCCAGUAACGCCUGAGGCUCCAGCAACCUCUGAGGCUCCUAUUGGUACCCCGAGUCAAGAAGAUAUUGAAUCUCUUGCAGGUACUGAUGUCUCAUCUAGUACUGAUUCAACUGGGGUUAAAACUACCACUGAUAGUUUACUUGAAGUUGAUGAGACGUCCACUGGUGGUCCAACUGAGGUUGAAACUACCACCGAUGGUUUACUUGAAGUUGAUGAGACGUCCACUGGGGUUGAAACUACCACCGAUGGUUUACUUGAAGUAGAUGAGACGUCCACUGGGGUUGAAACUACCACUGAUAGUGUACUUGAAGUUGAUGAGUCGUCCACUGAAGAUCCAACUGGGGUUGAAUCUACCACCGUUUCUCCAAUAGUACCCGAAAUAUCGAUUACGCCUAUCGACUCGGCUACAGACACUACGGAUAUCAUCAGUGGGUCACCUGCUACAGGUUCCGACAGUUCUACUGAAAGUUCCCUAACUACACUCCAAGAAGGUGAUUACAGUACUGAAGCUUCUCUUGCUACUGAUGACCUCAGCGGAGUUAGUGUACCAGGUGUUACCGAGCCCUCAACACUUACUGAUGAAACAGAAAGUCCUGAUUAUCCCACAAGUUAUGAGACCUCGGUAACUUCUGAAGCUCCAGUAACGCCUGAGGCUCCAGCAACCUCUGAGGCUCCUAUUGGUACCCCGAGUCAAGAAGAUAUUGAAUCUCUUGCAGGUACUGAUGUCUCAUCUAGUACUGAUUCAACUGGGGUUAAAACUACCACUGAUAGUUUACUUGAAGUUGAUGAGACGUCCACUGGUGGUCCAACUGAGGUUGAAACUACCACCGAUGGUUUACUUGAAGUUGAUGAGACGUCCACUGGGGUUGAAACUACCACCGAUGGUUUACUUGAAGUAGAUGAGACGUCCACUGGGGUUGAAACUACCACUGAUAGUGUACUUGAAGUUGAUGAGUCGUCCACUGAAGAUCCAACUGGGGUUGAAUCUACCACCGUUUCUCCAAUAGUACCCGAAAUAUCGAUUACGCCUAUCGACUCGGCUACAGACACUACGGAUAUCAUCAGUGGGUCACCUGCUACAGGUUCCGACAGUUCUACUGAAAGUUCCCUAACUACACUCCAAGAAGGUGAUUACAGUACUGAAGCUUCUCUUGCUACUGAUGACCUCAGCGGAGUUAGUGUACCAGGUGUUACCGAGCCCUCAACACUUACUGAUGAAACAGAAAGUCCUGAUUAUCCCACAAGUUAUGAGACCUCGGUAACUUCUGAAGCUCCAGUAACGCCUGAGGCUCCAGCAACCUCUGAGGCUCCUAUUGGUACCCCGAGUCAAGAAGAUAUUGAAUCUCUUGCAGGUACUGAUGUCUCAUCUAGUACUGAUUCAACUGGGGUUAAAACUACCACUGAUAGUUUACUUGAAGUUGAUGAGACGUCCACUGGUGGUCCAACUGAGGUUGAAACUACCACCGAUGGUUUACUUGAAGUUGAUGAGACGUCCACUGGGGUUGAAACUACCACCGAUGGUUUACUUGAAGUAGAUGAGACGUCCACUGGGGUUGAAACUACCACUGAUAGUUUACUUGAAGUUGAUGAGUCGUCCACUGAAGAUCCAACUGGGGUUGAAUCUACCACCGAUUCUCCAAUAGUACCCGAAAUAUCGAUUACGCCUAUCGACUCUGCUACAGACACUACGGAUAUCAUCAGUGGGUCACCUGCUACAGGUUCCGACAGUUCUACUGAAAGUUCCCUAACUACACUCCAAGAGGGUGAUUACAGUACUGAAGCUUCUCUUGCUACUGAUGACCUCAGCGGAGUUAGUGUACCAGGUGUUACAGAGCCCUCAACACUUACUGAUGAAACAGAAAGUCCUGAUUAUGCCACAAGUUAUGAGACCUCGGUAACUUCUGAAGCUCCAGUAACGCCUGAGGCUCCAGCAACCUCUGAGGCUCCUAUUGGUACCCCGAGUCAAGAAGAUAUUGAAUCUCUUGCAGGUACUGAUGUCUCAUCUAGUACUGAUUCCACUGGGGUUAAAACUACCACUGAUAGUUUACUUGAAGUUGAUGAGACGUCCACUGGUGGUCCAACUGAGGUUGAAACUACCACCGAUGGUUUACUUGAAGUUGAUGAGAUGUCCACUGGGGUUGAAACUACCACCGAUGGUUUACUUGAAGUAGAUGAGACGUCCACUGGGGUUGAAACUACCACUGAUAGUUUACUUGAAGUUGGUGAGUCGUCCACUGAAGAUCCAACUGGGGUUGAAUCUACCACCGUUUCUCCAAUAGUACCCGAAAUAUCGAUUACGCCUAUCGACUCGGCUACAGACACUACGGAUAUCAUCAGUGGGUCACCUGCUACAGGUUCCGACAGUUCUACUGAAAGUUCCCUAACUACACUCCAAGAAGGUGAUUACAGUACUGAAGCUUCUCUUGCUACUGAUGACCUCAGCGGAGUUAGUGUACCAGGUGUUACCGAGCCCUCAACACUUACUGAUGAAACAGAAAGUCCUGAUUAUCCCACAAGUUAUGAGACCUCGGUAACUUCUGAAGCUCCAGUAACGCCUGAGGCUCCAGCAACCUCUGAGGCUCCUAUUGGUACCCCGAGUCAAGAAGAUAUUGAAUCUCUUGCAGGUACUGAUGUCUCAUCUAGUACUGAUUCAACUGGGGUUAAAACUACCACUGAUAGUUUACUUGAAGUUGAUGAGACGUCCACUGGUGGUCCAACUGAGGUUGAAACUACCACCGAUGGUUUACUUGAAGUUGAUGAGACGUCCACUGGUGGUCCAACUGAGGUUGAAACUACCACCGAUGGUUUACUUGAAGUAGAUGAGACGUCCACUGGGGUUGAAACUACCACUGAUAGUUUACUUGAAGUUGAUGAGUCGUCCACUGAAGAUCCAACUGGGGUUGAAUCUACCACCGUUUCUCCAAUAGUACCCGAAAUAUCGAUUACGCCUAUCGACUCGGCUACAGACACUACGGAUAUCAUCAGUGGGUCACCUGCUACAGGUUCCGACAGUUCUACUGAAAGUUCCCUAACUACACUCCAAGAGGGUGAUUACAGUACUGAAGCUUCUCUUGCUACUGAUGACCUCAGCGGAGUUAGUGUACCAGGUGUUACCGAGCCCUCAACACUUACUGAUGAAACAGAAAGUCCUGAUUAUCCCACAAGUUAUGAGACCUCGGUAACGUCUGAAGCUCCAGUAACGCCUGAGGCUCCAGCAACCUCUGAGGCUCCUAUUGGUACCCCGAGUCAAGAAGAUAUUGAAUCUCUUGCAGGUACUGAUGUCUCAUCUAGUACUGAUUCAACUGGGGUUAAAACUACCACUGAUAGUUUACUUGAAGUUGAUGAGACGUCCACUGGUGGUCCAACUGAGGUUGAAACUACCACCGAUGGUUUACUUGAAGUUGAUGAGACGUCCACUGGGGUUGAAACUACCACCGAUGGUUUACUGGAAGUAGAUGAGACGUCCACUGGGAUUGAAACUACCACUGAUAGUUUACUUGAAGUUGAUGAGUCGUCCACUGAAGAUUCAACUGGGAUUGAAUCUACCACCGAUUCUCCAAUAGUACCCGAAAUAUCGAUUACGCCUAUCGACUCGGCUACAGACACUACGGAUAUCAUCAGUGGGUCACCUGCUACAGGUUCCGACAGUUCUACUGAAAGUUCCCUAACUACACUCCAAGAGGGUGGUUACAGUACUGAAGCUUCUCUUGCUACUGAUGACCUCAGCGGAGUUAGUGUACCAGGUGUUACCGAGCCCUCAACACUUACUGAUGAAACAGAAAGUCCUGAUUAUCUCACAAGUUAUGAGACCUCGGUAACUUCUGAAGCUCCAGUAACGCCUGAGGCUCCAGCAACCUCUGAGGCUCCUAUUGGUCCCCAGAGUCCAGAAGAUAUUGAAUCUCUUGCAGGUACUGAUGUUCCAUCUGGAACUCAUGAGACUUCCACUGAUGUUUCAACUGGAGUUGACGCGACCACUGUUUCAACUGGAGUUGAUGGGACCACUGAUGUUUCAACUGGAAUUGACGAGAUCAUCCAUGUUUCAACUGGAGUUGAUGAGACCACUGAUGUUUCAACUGGAGUUGACGAGACCUCCAUCGAUGUUUCAACUGGAUUUGAUGAGACCACUGAUAUUUCAACUGGAGUUGACGAGAUCUCCCCGGAUGUUUCAACUGGAGUUGAUGAAACCACUGAUGUUUCACCUGGAGUUGACGAGACCUCCAUCGAUGUUUCAACUGGAUUUGAUGAGACCACUGAUAUUUCAACUGGAGUUGACGAGAUCUCCCCGGAUGUUUCAACUGGAGUUGACGAGAUCUCCCCGGAUGUUUCAACUGGAGUUGAUGGGACCACUGAUGUUUCACCUGGAGUUGACGAGAUCUCCAUCGAUGUUUCAACUGGAGUUGAGAUUACAACAAGUGUUGAUUCUAUCCCCACCAUUCCUGACAUUGGCGAAACAACAACUGGAGCUAGUGCAGGCGUCGAGGACGGUGAAAUUAGUGAAGGGUCCUUUACAGUUGCUCCAGGAACUACUGAUGGGCUCUACACAGAUGUUCCUCCUGCGACUGGAAGCUGCAUCGUUAAUGGCACAAAGUAUGAUAAUAAUAGCAUUGUCCCACUGACGAAUCCUUGUCAAGAAAGUUGUAAAUGUGUGGAUGGCAAGCUGAAGUGUGACUAUAUAGGCUGCCCUCCGUCACCACCUGCCUUCCUUAGGUGUGACGUAGUAGCUUCAGAAGGGAAGUGCUGCCCAACCUACUCUUGCCCAUCUAACCAGACCGAGCAAUCACCUUCGCCUGGAUGUGUACUUGAUGGUGUCCAGUAUUAUGAAGGAGAUCACAUGCCAAGCUCUGACUUCUGUUCAGACUGCUACUGCUCAUAUGGUGAACAUCUUUGUGCAUAUGUUGAGUGCAGCGAACCAGCCGGACAAAACUGUAAACCCACUGAAGUGCCUAAGGGCGAGUGCUGUCCAACAAAAUAUGACUGUGAUGCAGUUGAUUUCAUCGACAUAGAAAACCUUGUCACUGAUGCUGGAACUAGCACAACCCAGUCACCUGGAGCUACCGACACCGACAGAGAAACGGUGACGAUCAUCAUUGAGGAAUCAGUUACCAAGGCACCAUCACCUUCAGAAGGCGAGGCACCAGUGACUCAAGCUAUCAUUACUGGUGAAGCAGUAGGUGAAACUAUUGCUCUGACAGAAGCGCCAGAUUCAAUGAUGACUGGCCCAGUUACAUCCUUUGAGACACGAACAACGGCCCCAGAUGACGAUAGCUUCAUAACUACACCGAUGACCGUUUUGCCGGGUGAUAGCUUGACUUCACAUAGUGACGAAUGGACUGCAGUUACCAUCACACCAGUUGAAGUUGAAGAGAAUGUGACUGAUGUCUCAGUUGAAGGAGGCGAGACAGACGUGAUAAUAGAAGUUCCUGUCACAGGCCUAGGACAAGAACUACCUGGUGUCCCUGGAGAAGGCAGCUGUAUUGUUAACAAUAUCACUUACACCAAUGGUGCCACACUUCCUGGAACUACACCUUGUCACAAAUCAUGUUCAUGCCUGAAUAGUAUUAUAGCUUGCACCUUGAAGGCCUGUGCCUCGCCUCCACCAGCGUUCCUAAAGUGUCAGCCUGUCCAGGACCCUGACCAGUGUUGCCCUACAUACGACUGUGACCCUGAAGCUCCUCCAAGCACACCAUCUCCGGGCUGUGUCAGUCAUGGAGUGCAGUACUACGAGGGCCAGAAUGUUCCGAGCAAAGACGUGUGUACAGAUUGUUUCUGCACUGGUGGGGAGGUAAUCUGUGCAACCUUAGACUGUCCACUUCCAAAUGGAACUAAUUGCAAACCCGUAAUUCGAAAUGAAGAUGGCUGCUGCCCCAGUGAAUAUGAAUGUGAGACUUCAACUAAUGGACCAACUCCAGCCAAGGAGACCACUGACGGGCCAACUGCAGCCGAGGAAACUACCACUGACGGGCCAACUGCAGCCGAGGAAACUACCACUGACGAGCCAACUGCAGCCGAGGAAACUACCACUGACGAGCCAACUGCAGCCGAGGAAACUACCACUGACGGGCCAACUGCAGCCGAGGAAACUACCACUGACAGGCCAACUGCAGCCGAGGAAACUACCACUGACGGGCCAACUGCAGCCGAGGAAACUACCACUGACGGGCCAACUGCAGCCGAGGAAACUACCACUGACGGGCCAACUGCAGCCGAGGAAACUACCACUGACGAGCCAACUGCAGCCGAGGAAACUACCACUGACGGGCCAACUGCAACCGAGGAAACUACCACUGACGAGCCAACUGCAGUCGAGGAAACUACCACUGACGAGCCAACUGCAGCCGAGGAGACCACUGACGAGCCAACUGCUGCCGAGGAAACUACCACUGACGGGCCAACUGCAGCCGAGGAAACUACCACUGACGGGCCAACUGCAGCCGAGGAGACCACUGACGAGCCAACUGCAGUCGAGGAAACUACCACUGAUGGGCCAACUGCAGCCGAGGAGACCACUGACGAGCCAACUGCAGCCGAGGAAACUACCACUGACGGGCCAACUGCAGCCGAGGAGACCACUGACGAGCCAACUGCAGCCGAGGAAACUACCACUGACGAGCCAACUGCAGCCGAGGAAACUACCACUGACGAGCCAACUGCAGCCGAAGAAACUACCACUGACGAGCCAACUGCAGCCGAGGAAACUACCACUGACGAGCCAACUGCAGCCGAGGAAACUACCACUGACGAGCCAACUGCAGCCGAAGAAACUACCACUGACGAGCUAACUGCAGGUGUUGAGACAGCCACUGUUGUACCAUUAACCCCUUACACAACUGUGGGCCCAUCCACAGGUGACAUUGACACUGUGCCUACAGAUACCAUUGUUAACGGCUGUGUUAUGAACGACCAGGUGUUUGAUGAUGGAGACAGUGUUCCUACAGUGUCCCCUUGUCAGCAAGAAUGUAGAUGUGCUAAUGGUACCGUACAUUGUAUCCAGCCUUCCUGCCCCCCACCGCCUCCGGCCUUCCGUCAGUGUGAGGUAGUGUCAUCAGUGGACCAGUGCUGCCCAUCUUUUAAUUGUCCUGUUCCCGAGACCACAUCAUCGCCACGUCAAUGUGUGAGCAUUGAUGGUACCAUUUACAUGGAAGGAGAAUAUGUUCCCAAGGAUGACUGUUCAGACUGUUAUUGUUAUGAUGGCGAGAUCCUGUGUGCCACCCUGGAGUGUGCAUCACCUGGCGACCAUUGUGUGCCAAUGCCCACACCCCAAGGCAGCUGCUGCCCUGAGAAAUACGAAUGCUUGGAUGUAACAUCCUCGCCCGCCACAGCUUCUGACAUUUCUACCGAAGGUUCUGUAACUCCAGCCAUAACUGUAGACUAUACGGAAAGUCCCGAGGCUCCUGCUGGUACUGAGGUUCCUGAAGCUCCUGAAGGUACUGAGGCUCCUGCUGAUAUUGAGGCUCCUGCUGGUACUGAGGUUCCUGAAGCUCCUGAAGGUACUGAGGCUCCUGCUGGUACUGAGGCUCCUGCUGGUACUGAGGUUCCUGAAGCUCCUGAAGGUACUGAGGCUCCUGCUGGUACUGAGGCUCCUGCUGGUACUGAAGCUCCUGAAAGUACUGCGGCUCCUGCUGGUACUGAAGGUACUGAUGUUUCUGCUGGUACUGAGGUUCCAGAAGGUACUGAGGUUUCUGCUGGUACUGAAGCUCCUAAAGGUACUGAGGCUCCUGCUGGUACUGAAGCUCCUGAAAGUACAGAGACUCCUGAGGGUACCAGCCAAGUCACCAUCUCUCUAACAUCCAUUGAUGCUGACAGCCAGGUGACCGAAGCUUCCGUUGCUACAGAUGAUUUUGAUGUGACUGGUGGACCAAGUGCCACCGAGUCUUCUGUCUUCCCUGUUGGACCCACUGUCAUGGGUGAGUCAUUGGUGACUGAUGGCUCUGUUAGCACUGACAGUACUUCUGAUGAUGUGAGUGGAACUGGUGUCACCGACGCAGUAGGAACUGGUGUCACCGACGCAACAGGAGCAACUGCUGACGGACAGACUGCAGAAAGUGUCGCAGGUGAAACCAGCACAACUGGCUCCGAGACUUCAUCUAGUGUCAGUGAGUCCAGUAACGCUACGGCAACACCCUCGACAGAGGAAUCAGUAAGCGAGGCUCCCGAGGAGAGCACAUCGAUUUCACCCAUUGAGUCUUCCUCAGUCACCGGUUUAUCUGUAGAGCCUUCUCUAUCGACGAAGUCCACAGUAGCUGGUUAUGUGACAGAAGCUACUACCAUUGAAGGAGUCUCUCCCAGUGCAGAGAAAGAACCGGAAGGUGGCAUUGAAGUGGGGAUCUCUGAGGCACCGACAAUAACGACAGCAUCGCCAGAAGCUUCCGUGACUGCAUUGCUGGGCACUGUGACAUCAGAAGCAUCUCCAUUCCCACCUUAUCCAGGCACUACUCACUCUACCACAGUCGCACCAUCAUCAACAACUGAAAUCCUCUUCGGGCCAGGUGCUUGUAUGUUUGAUGGUAAAGUGUACGUGUCAGCCCAACAGAUCCCUCGAGAAGACCCAUGUGACUUCUGCUUCUGCUUCCGCGGCGACAUCAUCUGCCUGCAACAGUCCUGUCCCCCACCUAUCCCAGGAUGCUACGAGGAGGCUAUCCCUGGUUUCUGCUGUCCGCGCUAUGAAUGCCUGGUUACCCAGAGUGUGGUCAACAUUACCACCACUACCACACCUAUCCCUACCUAUCCCCCCGUCCGGAUAACCCAGGAGGUUGUUAUGUGUGAAAUCGGUGAUAGGUUCUACCACACUGGUGAGCUGGUUGAAGAAGCUUCUGGACCGUGUCUGGAGUGCAGGUGUGGACGAGGCGGCAUGAUGGAGUGCGACCCAAAGGAGUGCCAAGCUGAGCCCAUCCUACGUAAGAUUCUUCGCUCUAAGUACCAGCGGUGAGUGCGUCGAGAGGAAGACUGGCAUGCCCAGAUGCCCCACGAUGCCUGCUACAAACCCACCACUUAACCAUCACCACCAACCACUCAUACAUACAUGGUUGCUGCCCUAGCAACACCCACCUGUUCCUGCUAGCUAGGUUGGUUCACCUGUGGACACCAUCCUGGCUGCAUAUUUUAUCGCUAGGAGGACUCUCGCUGCUAAAAACUGAAGGAUAUGACACUUUCAAAAUAUAAAUCAACAUUAAGUUAUAUACAAACGUUGCUAUGGUGAAGCACUGAAAGUGUAGAAAAAAGGGAUAACUUAUGCAUAUGUACAUGCAUCACCUCUCUUCUCAGCCCCUUCUCAGUAGCCAUGUUACGGUAGUUUGUCCACAACGCUCAAACAGCAAGUCUGUGUUAAAGAGGAGUGGUGAACGUGUCAUGAUGUGAAGACAGACUAGGAGUAGUGCCAAGUAGUGUCAUACAAUCAUAACAGGAAGAAUAGGCUCGCUAAGAAGCCAAGGAACCUCGGUAAUAUUCUUGCUUCUCUUCCACCCCUUCCCCAAACUCUUACACGAGAAUGGUAUUAUCAGCAUUUCUGCGUGCUGUGGGUGUUGUGUUUUUUCUAUUGAAUGAGCAGGUUACUCAGUAUUACUCUCUGAUGCCUCUUAUUAUAUUCUAUAAAUUAUAAUACGUAUCUUGUGUGUUGUCCCCCAACAAGACAUUUUUUGUUGUACACUUGUGUGGCAUUAAGGAUGGCAUUCUCUCAUAACCCCCUACUGGUCAACGCACCGUGUGCACGCAGAGAUAGCUGAGAUCGACUAAAACCUCUCUUAGUCGAGUCUCAAUUUGCAUGAUUAAGUUUCCCCCAACCCACCUGCUUUCAUUAUUAGGCUUUUGUCAUCGACUCUGUUAAUGAAUGAAGACUGAGUCCCAGUUACAGUAUUGCUUGUAAAUUUGGCUCUAGUGCUGCGAACAAGUUAUGGGCACCUUAUGAAGAUUUCUUUAUACAAAGCUUUGAUAUAUGGAUAAGUAUUUAAAGCUGUAGAUUUAGGCUAGAUAUUCCGAGGUACAUAGAUAAGUUCUCUAUACUCUUAAGUGACCCUUUGGCCAUGUCACUUCCAGGUGGCCAAAUUCCCUGGAUCCUGGAAGUGAGCGGCACUUAACACCUGGAAACAAACAGGUGAAGAAAAUCAUGCCAGUCUUUAUUCCUGCUCGAUGUAUUUUACCCAAAUGUCUACAAAGCUCUAAAACUGAUUUUAGAAACAAUCUUCCGAACUGUAAACCAAAUUAGGACAAACUUCUGACAUAUUUCUUUUCAUAAUACUUGAUUAAGCAGCUGGUCUGUUAACUCCUUCUGGCUUCUUCAUAUAUCACAGCUGAUUGAUAAUAAAAGCAACAGCAUUUGGGCAUUAGUAGAGCCGAGUUUCCGAGGGCAGCCUCACUGAUGAUCACCAUCCUCCUCAGUCUGACUCUCACCCCAGCCCACCUGUACACACACACCUCUUGACUGCUUAUACAUAAGCCAUUGUAUUACUCUGUCACUAACUCGUGACAUCCUUGAAACAUAUCAGUAAUGAUUACUAGCUUUGCUAGCACUAGGUUGGUAGCAAAUGUUCUACUAUAAUGUCACUAAGGCAACAAGUUAAAAUAAAUCCCUCUUAAGUUAUUCUACAGUCAGAAAAACUUUUCUUACUACUAUUGCUAACCCACAAGACACUGGUACACAUUCCUGCACCAGAGCACAGUGUCUCCAAUGUGUCAUCUUGGAGAGCACAGGAUCACGGGCCACUCCCAGCCAUGAGAAUGUGCAUUGUAUAUUUUGUGCGGGCAUAUGCAAUAUAUCUGACUUUAUGAUUGGUCCCCUCCCUUUAAAGGUGCCAAACCACUCCUAUAGAAUGUCUUAGUCUGAGGGGGGGGGGGGGUAGAAGUCUCGAAAAGCACUUAAUCUUUAAUUGAUCUUAGUCUCACAUAAUAUCUUAACCAAUUAAACAAGGGUGACAAACGCUCGUAGUCAUAUUUUAAUGAUGCCAUCAUAGUAGCUACAAAUACCAUAGUCCGAAAUAUUGUUUAGAAUCAAGUGCCUUUCAGAAGUUCUUGCUGCCCCCUUCACCGUGCAUAGAUUUUGCUAGAGCACGGUAAGGCUCUGCUGUUGUAAGAUUAAGGCUGGUAUGUGUAAUAUUACAGACAUUAAAUCCAGUACUGGAUAUUUUGUGUGCUGGACAAUGAUGUAAUGUCUGGUCAGUGAGCAUUCAUUGGUUGUUUUCGACAUGAGAGGCAGCCAGGGAGAUCAUUGAAUACUAUCGACUAGUCUGGCCUGCCAAGCAGUGAACGCUCAUUGGUCAUAUCCUACAUGGGGGUGGCUGCAAAUCAGCACCCAGAAUGCUUGCCGACAUGCCCAUCGAGAGGCAUGUACGUUCCGCAAUGAAUAGUUCUAGGUUAGAACUGCCAUGGUCAAGUCACUGCUCAGGCAUCAGCACCAGCAGUGACUGUGGUAUUGAGCAGUUCAGGAUGUCCAAGAAGCAGUAUUCUUGAAAUGUGAUCAUUUUAACACUUUUUUUAAUUAUUUAUUCUAAGAUAGGACUCUUCUUAAGCAAUUGUUCUUAGAGUUAUGCCUGUACAGCUCUUUUUUUCUGUUAUGAUGUACCCAAUCUGUGCGCUUUUUUGUGUAUAAAAUGUGAAUAAAAGUUGAAAGUA